CGCUCCUUUGUAGCUGUUGUGACCGUGGGCUUACACGCACCGGGAGCACAGAAUGUUCCCUUGAACCCCAGUCCUGACGGAAAGGCGAAGCCUUGCCAUGGAAGCGACAACCGAAGCAACUACCCUUCUACGCCUUGCUUACAGUCAGACGUAGCUCUUCUUCCUCCUCCUCCUCUUCCUUCUUCUCUGUCUCUCUCUCUCUCUCUCUCUCUCCCCCCCCCCCCUCUCGCGAGACAGCGGUUGCCCGGUUUCAAAGGUCACAUGGACGUGAGGAUCGGAUUUUUCGUUCUUGUGGUUUUGGGUGCCCUGGGGACCUCUAGUGCGAGACAACUGCCCCGUAAUUUGGAAGCAUUGAACUACCCAGAACAAGGUUCGGGAAAUGUGGUUAGGAUUAGGAAUGACAAGGUAUGCACUUUGUGCGAGGAAUAUGCCACUAUGGCAUUGGAUUACCUAACCGCAAACAGCACCAAGAGAGAGAUCCUUGCGCUUCUUUAUAUGGGCUGCUCACAGCUGCCCGAAGCAUUCCAGCCAGAGUGCAUCACUUUGGUGGACCAUUAUGCUCCUCUGCUCUUCAAGGAGAUCUCUUCACUUCAACCUGGGGAAAUUUGUGAGAAGGUGGACCUCUGCCAAAAAGUGGCAAUGAUAUCUUCACAAAUUAAGGAAGAUAGCUGCGACUUUUGUCAGAAUGCUGUUUCGGAAUUGAUGGACAAGUUGAAAGAUCCUGAUACCCAGAUGGACAUAAUUCAACUGCUUCUGAAGGCUUGUAAUUCCAUGCAAAACUACGUGAAAAAGGUAAAACUGCAGUGCAAGAGGAUGGUGCUUGAGUAUGGCCCUCUAAUUAUUGACAAUGCAGAGGAAUUUCUGGAGAAUACCAAUAUCUGCACUGCAAUCCGUGCCUGCUCUGCAUCGUCAACCGUCAAAGAAGUUGCAUUGCCUACUUCACAGGAGGCGGUGGUGCUGUCUGAUUCGUGAAGCUCGAGUUUGCAGUAUAAUAGAUGACCGCAUAAAACCGGCUUUUACGUGUGCACUCAUUUAAAAUAUCUACAGUCUGUAUUUCUCUGUCCAGUGCUAAGUUAGCCGAACAACUACAUGAACUGGGGAGUUCGGGAGACUCCCAACGAGAGAUGUGAUUCGGUACUUAACGGAAACUCUCAGCUGUAUAUGCCUCUUUUAUCGUAUCACAUAGUUUUUCGGGUAUUAGUUAGCAAACUAUCAUUUAUUCGAAUGACUUGUUCCGAGUUCCACCAGGAAAUGUAAUGCUUAAUUCAUCAA